AUGGAUAAACAUCACAAUAUCCCACUCUCCUUCGAGAGGAUGUUGGCCCUUCAGCGCUCUAAGGGGCUUAGCGACUACGAGGCCUGGAGACAGGCUAUGGCCCUGUACAACCAGCAGCGUCAUGAGCACGCAGUCACCACCACCGGCCCGGCCAUUACCAGUCCCGAGCUCCCCCUCGGUGAGAGCGUCUUGACCUCAAAGACCGCUACUGCAUCCGGUGCCCCCAAGGUCCACCUGGACCAGCCGCCUGUUAACGCGGCAGGCGAGAACCUUAUCCUCGCUAGGUGCAAGCCCGAUGAGCCCGCCGCUAAGGAACGGGUCAGAGAGAACACUCAGCGUCUCAUCCACUCUGGGGUUGCUGAUAAACUGAGCACCGACCAAACCGUGGAUGAUUCCCUCUUCGAGCGGACCGGGCUUUUGGAUGCUCCCGACGCCGACACUGAUACCGACGACGAGACCAACAUGAAGUACGCCCAGGAGGCGCAUGCACGCUACUGGGCGGCGAUGGGGGGCGCCGACAAUGUCAUUGGAAAACGUCCUUAG